ACUGCAACGCGAAUCUGCAAACGACGUCGUAUCAGUGUGCUACAUCUGUUACCGAGGGUUGCUGCCAGGGACUUGGAUUGACCUGUUAGGGUUAUCCGAGUUGCAGAGCGGAGCCGGGAAUUCUUCGGCGCGGCCGAUCACUGAUUCAAUACGGUUUCGAAUUAUAGAAAUCGAUACAAUCACCGAUCUUUAUCGUAAGAAAUUGAUUCAGUUGAGCGGAUCGCAAGAAUCCAUGGGCACAGUGGCGGUAUAGCAUUUUUUUUUUCUCUGAAACGAUGAAUGUAAGCCACCCUGCGGUGCACCCAAUUGAGGCACCUCCGCUCACCGAUGCCGCCAACGGUGCGCCGAGGGCGCGGAUGAAGGACAUCCAAGGCAUGCCGGGCACUCUUGGAGGCCUGGUGUUGCGGUUCUUCCAGUUCGCGUUUGCGGCAGUGUCGCUGUGUGUCAUGGCCACCACCAGUGAUUUCCCCUCUGUCACCGCCUUCUGCUACCUUGUUGCUGCUGUCAGCUUGCAAAGCUCGUGGAGCCUUUCUCUUGCCAUUGUUGAUAUAUAUGCACUUUUAGUGAGGCGCUGCUUGCGAAAUUCCAGAAUUGUCAGCUUAUUUACAGUGGGUGAUGGGAUUACUUCGACACUUACAUUUGCUGCAGCCUGUGCAUCUGCUGGUAUAACAGUCCUUAUUGGCAAUGAUCUUGAUAACUGUGCUGUGAACCACUGCACCAGAUUUGAAACAGCUACAGCAAUGGCCUUCCUCAGUUGGUUUGCGGUCUCACCAUCAUUUCUCUUGAAUUUCUGGUCACUGGCAUCCAAGUGAAAGGAACCAAGAUGGGAUUCAACUCAAUUCAACAAAGUCCAAAAUCCCCAUUACUUGGGGUAGCUUACUAAAGUAUUAUUCAAACUGUGUUCUUGGCAUGAUUUCCCUGUUGGUUUUCUCCCAUUUACCUGAGAUACUAUGACCCUUCCUGUGUAAAAUCAAGUCUGGUUUGGCAUAUAAAUGCAGUUGUGUAACAUUAUGUUAUAACUGCAAAAAAGGAAGCAAAGAAGAGAAAGAGUCCAUAGUUUUGAGUGUUUGGAUGGCUUAACUAUUAUUAUGAAGAAAUCUUAGGAUCACUAGUUAUAUUGUUGUAUAAACGCGACAGGCACAUGGUUGGGGUGGCCCUGUUCAAAUACUUAGUUGAGUACUAGUUCAGUAGAACUGUUAUUUGUAGGAAAAUUAGACCAUACGUUGCUCUGUUUUUGCCUUGAGAGUGCAAUGGGUUUGCUUGGGGGUGAAGAGAUUUUCUUUCGUUAUUGUGAAUUAUAAUUCACGACACAGAAUGAAAUUAUGAAAAAUCAGUUUGUGAGC